CAGCCACGGGAGGAUGAUGGCGUCUCAGCGGAACCUUUUGUGCUGCUUGAAGGGGUCGAAGCGGCUCCUGGGAGACAAGGAGGAUGCCAAGAAGAGCAGCUUGGACAACAGAGAAUGAGAAACUGCAUUAAAAUGUAAAACAAGCCAUCAAUUGAAAUAUUUUCCAUUUUCUCUGCAAAUUGUAAUAAUAACUUUCCUUCUUCCUCAGCAGAUGAGAGACAAGGGAGAAAAUAACAAGAAGAAAUUUUUCGCCUGGAGAAAAUACAGUAUCUGGAACUCAAAAAAACAUUGCAUGAAAAUAAAGAAAAAGAGGGAUAUACCUGGUGGUUAGUGGGAAGAAAGAGGUCAUUUGGAUAACCAAAAUGAGUUGGCAUAAUUUAAAACCUUUGAGAAAGAAAAUAAUGGGUUGAAUCAAAGAACCUCCAAAUCACAAAUAUUUUUUGCCUCCUAAGGAAUAUUUUUCCAAAAAUAUCAGUUUUGGGAAACACGUCACAGACUGCUUAUUGUGGAAAAAAACACAGCUUGCAGAUCAAAACUGAUUAUGCAUGAGAGGAUCCACCUAAUGAAAACUCAUACAACUAUUUGGAGUGUGCGAAAAGCUUUACUCAGAAAAGCUUCCUCAUGAUUCAUUGAAUGACCCAUUCUGGAGAGAAAAUCUACUAGUGCUGCCAGUACAAGAAAAGAUUAAGCAUGAAUACCAAUGUGGUGAGACAAAAGAGGACUCAGGCUAGGGAGACAAACUUUGUAUUCCCUGAUUGUGGGGAAAGUUUCACACAGAAUUCUGAUCUGGUAAUACACCAGAAGACUCACACAGAAGAGAAACCAUAUAAGUGUUCCGAAUGUGGAAAAUGUUUCAUUUGGAUUUGUCACCUGAACAUACACCAGAUGACUCACAAAGGAGAAAAUCCAUAUAAAUGUCAAGAUUGUGGGAAAAGUUUUAAUUGCAAUUCUCUCCUGGUAGAACAUCAGAGGAGACACAUAGGAGAGAGACCAUAUGAGUGUCCUGAUUGUGGGAAAGAUUUCUCUCGGAAAGCUAACCUGGUGAAACACCAGGGGACUCACACAGGAGAGAAACCAUAUAAAUGUCCUGAUUGUGGGAAAAGUUUCAGUCACAAUUCCUACCUGUUGAAUCACCAGAGGACUCACACGGGAGAGAAAUUGUACGAGUGUCCAGAUUGUCGGGCAAGUGUCCGUUGUAAAUCUGAACUAGUGAAGCACCGAAAGAGUCACAGAGAAGAGAGACUGUAUCAGUGUGUGGAUUGUGGGAAAUGCUUCCCUCGAAAUUCCAAGCUGUUGAUACACCAGAGAAUUCACACGGGAGAGAAACCAUACGACUGUCUGUAUUGUGGAAAAACCUUCAGUCAGAAUUCUAACCGGGUCAUACACCAGAAAACUCACAUAGGAGAAAAACCAUAUAAGUGUCCAGAUUGUGGGAAAUGUUUCAAUCAGAAUUCCUACUUGAUGAAACACCAGAGGAUUCACAGUGGAGAAAAACCGUAUAAGUGUCUUGAAUGUGGGAAAAGUUUCAAUCGGAAAUCCCAUUUGGUGAUACACCAGAGGACUCACACAGGAGAGAAACCAUAUGAAUGUCCAGAUUGUGGGAAAGAUUUCCGUUAUAUGUCUACCCUUAUAAAUCAUGUAAAGUUACACAUAGGGGAGUAACCUUUCAAAUACCCAGAUAGCAGACAGUGUUUCGCACAAAAUUCCUCCCUUACCACACACAAGAAAUUCUUCCUGAGGUAAAAUUUGAUGUAGGUAGAGGAAUCUUGAAUUUCAUUUUUUGUCUCUCAAUGGAAGCCCAGUUGAACAACAUUUAAUUACUUGCAUGUUUCUUUUUAGUGAAACUUGUCUUAGUGUC